GAGAGUCCGUAAUCUAUCACAACAAUUUGAAUAAAAAUUCUUGUUUAUUUGAUUUUCUUAAAAAUUUAUCAAAAAAACCUUGACCUUUACUCUCAACACGAAUCCAAUUAUGUAUUAUAAAAGCUUGAACACACUGAAAUGAUUCACAACUCGUCGUGGCAACAAUGAAGACAACACUUGUUUUAUUCUUUAUUUUUCACUUAUCUAAAGCUGAAGAAGGUGCAAUCCAAGAAUUCACAAAUGCAAACAAUCAAUUCACCUCAGCAGUUUACAAGGAAUUGAGCAAAACUGAAAAUGGCAAUUUCAUGGUAAGUCCUUUCUCGGCUGAAACAGUCCUUGCUUUCGCCCAAUCGGGUUGUAAAGGAGACUCAGCUGAAGAACUGCGAAACAGUUUGCAUCUCCCAAAUGACAAAACCAAAGUCGAAUCGGCCCUAAAGUCACUUUUGCCGAAAAUCAAAGGCAAUGACCUCUACACUCUCCACACGGCCAAUAAAAUGUACGUCAAAAAAAACUUUGCGAUCAAGGAAGAGUUCAAAAGAGCUGCAAGUCAAGUGUAUUAUGCCGAUUCUGAAAGUAUCGAUUUCACCAAAAAUGUUGAAGCUGCGAAUGUUAUGAACAGUUGGGUGGAAAAACAUACAAAAAGCAAAAUAAAAAAUUUGAUCGAUUCGAAUGAUUUGGACCAAUUUACUCGAGCAGUUUUGAUCAAUGCUUUGUACUUCAAAGCCAAUUGGUCUCUUCCGUUUCAAUUAAGUCUAACGCAGAAAAAAAAGUUUUAUAAAACACCAUCUAAUUCAAUUGAAGUGGAUAUGAUGCAACACCUUAGGGAGGACUUCAAUUAUUACGAGUGCCCGCAUUUGAAAGCCCAGUUUUUGGAAUUACCGUUUCUUGGAGGUGAAGCCUCGAUGGUUUUUGUGCUUCCGAACGAAAAAGACGGUCUUGCGAGACUCGAAAGUCAAUUAGAAUCUGUUUUUGUGCCUCAACACCAGUUGAAAAGCACAUUUCUAAACGUGGUUUUGCCCAAAUUUCAAAUUGAGAGCAAAAUUGAUUUUAAAAGUCUUUUAAAGAAGUUAGGAGUGACAAAAGUGUUUGAUGACGAACAAGCUGAUUUGAGUGGAAUUGCAGGUGAAAAGGGCGAUUUGGUGAUUAAUAAAAUUGUCCAGAAAACAUUUAUUGACGUGAGCGAAGAAGGAGUUGAAGCAGCAGCUGCUACGUAUGUCCUUAUUGCUGUUCCUGAGUCUGCUCAAUUGGAACAACCCAAGAAUUUCAUAGCUGAUCAUCCCUUCAUCUUCUACAUUAAGAUUAAGGACAUUGUCAUUUUUGCUGGACGGGUUACCAACCCGUCACAAUAAAUAAAUAUAUUUUGA